UUUUUACACAAACCCCUAUCCAAAAACAUGGAGGCUGACGCAUGGGCCAAUGAUGAAACGUGGAUCAGUUCCGAUGCAAUGCAGUGAUUGCAAUGAGCAGUAAUAAGCAUGGGUAGUUUCGAACACUUACGUCACAUUAACAGCUGACCCACACUGUCUACUUGAGACUUUAUCAUUUUAAGAGAUAACCCAGGAAACACAGCAUAUGUGAUCGUUUAGGAAGCGGGUCACGCUUAUGGCGUGGUUAUCCAGAAGAUAGCCGAAGUUAAGAUGUAAACAACGUCUGUAUAUCCACGUUUAUUUUAGUGAAUAUUAACAUUACACAAUUUUAACCCGUGCUCUAAGGAAGAGACAAGUAUGGACGAACUGGCCCUCCAGGGGUUGGGCUCUCAAGGCAACUGUCUUGCCCAAAAUAGGGCCCUGCAGUAUUUUGAGGAGCUGAAGCAGCAGCCGAAUGGAUGGAAGAUCUGUGCACAAGCCCUGACGAGUGGCAGGUACCACAGCAACGACCAUGUGAAGUUCUUUUGUUUACAAGUUGUGGAGCACUAUUUGAAGAACAGUUAUGCACAGUCCACGCCAGAAGACCACAACAAUGUCAAGUCUUUCAUCAACGCCUGUUUGCAAAUGGAGGGAAAUGAAGCAAGCCAGGGCAAGAACUUUCUGCGCAACAAAGUGGCCCAGAUUGUCUCCCUUGCUUUCAUUGUGGACUAUCCCCACCGGUGGCAGACGUUCUUUGCGGACCUGCUGUCCACUCUGUCCCUGGGCCACCUCGCUGUUGACAUGUUCCUGAGGAUACUCCUGGCCAUCGACAGUGAGGUGGUGGACCGGGAGAUUGUCCACACACCACAGGAGACUCAGCGGAACACAGUGAUUAAAGACACGAUGCGGGACCAUUGCGUGGCACAGCUGGCUGAGUCGUGGUACCAGAUCAUGACGGGGUAUGAAACCAGCAAACCUGAAAUAACCUGUACCUGUCUGGACGUUGUGGGGAAAUUUGUGUCUUGGAUUGACAUCAGCCUCAUAGCCAAUGACAAGGUGGUAUCUGCAUUGUUGCGGUUCCUGUCCUUGACCUUGGUGAGGGAGAGCGCGUGCGACUGUGUUCACGAGAUCAUCAGCAAGGGGAUGGAUCCUGUCAGCAAAACUAAACUGGUGGAGUCUUUCAUGGCGUUUCUAGACAACGCUGGUGUGCUCAACCCACCGGAGGAUGAAGAAGGGGACUUCCUGGCCAAGCUGUCCAAGUUGAUCAACGGUGCCGGCAUUGCGCUGUUGACAUCAUGGCAGAAAUUAGCUAAGAGUGGCGAUACACAAAACGCAAAUAACACACUACAAGCUCUGGAGACCAAAGUGCCGUACAUGCUGCGUUUCCUUGGUGAUGAAGAUGACGAUGUGUCCGGAGCUGUUGCCAACUUUUCACAAGAAUACAUCAACUUGUUGAAACAAAUAGCUCCCCUCUCGCCAAAACAGAGGGAGAAUAUGGAGGGUCUCCUUUACACAAUAGUCAAGAAAAUGAAGUAUGACGAUUCUUAUAAUUUCGACCAAGAGGGAGAAGAUGAGGCCAUGUUUCAGGAGUAUCGGAAACAGCUCAAGGUCAUCUUCAACAACAUGGCCCAACUGGACUCGGAGCUGGUGAUUGUGACGGUGCACAACAUCGUGACGCGGACGCUGCCGCAGUGGGAGGCCAUGGAGUUGAAGGACGUUGAGAUGGCCAUCAACUUGCUCUACAUGCUCGGGGAGGCUGUGCCGGCUUCUCAAGGACAACACUUCAGUGGCAACCUCGCCAAAGCUUCUGCCCUGCAGGAAAUGAUGAGACUGUUGAUCACCAGCCGUGUGAGCUGCAGUGGACAUGUCAUGGUACAACUCCAGUUCUUUGAGACCAUCGUCCGAUACGACAAGUUCUUCAGCUGUGAACCAGAUCAGAUCCCAGAGGUUCUGAUGGCGUUUUUAGAUGAGCGGGGGUUCCGCAACCAGUCGGCGAAAGUCCGCAGUCGCACCUCCUACUUGUUUUCAAGAUACAUCAAGGGAUUGAAGAGCCACAUGCAGCCGUACCUGGAGGACGUCCUCAAGAGGCUCCAGGACCUCCUUGUCCUCAACACCCCAGACAACGGCUACCUGCACCUCCUGUCAGAUGAUGACCAGCUGUUCAUGUAUGAGUCGGCGGGGAUCCUCGUCGUCUCCAGCACCCUGCCACCAGAGAAAAAGCAAGUGCUGAUGAAAAAUCUCCUGGCACCGAUUGCGAACAAAUUUGAGGAGUUACUGACAAAGCUGUACACUGAGACGGAUGAACCCCGGCGACUGUUGUACGCCAGGUGUAUCUCCAGCGCCAUGUCAUUGGCAAGUCGUGCCAGCAAGGGUUUCUCCAGCCAACAGACGAUGAAGCAGAGCGGGUGCGUCGCUGCAUUCACAGAGCUGCUGAAGCUGUUCCUGAGUGCGCUGAACACGCCGGUGCACCGACAGCUGAUCCACAUGGGGGUGCGGCAGUACCUGCACCGCAUGGUGGUGUGCCUGGAGGACGAGAUCCUCCCCUUCAUCCCCGUCACCCUGGAGCACCUGCUGAAGCAGCCCGAGGCCAAGGAGAUGUACGACUUCAUUCCACUCAUGAACCAGCUCAUCAUGAAGUUCAAGUCCGCCAUUGGGCCGUUCCUGAGCGAGGUGUUCAUGCCGUUGGUGACGACGAUCUUCCAGGUCCUGUCGUCGCCGGCUGACGAGCGAGACCAGGAGGUGAGGGAGGAGAGGAAGCUGCUGCAGCGAGGCUACUUCCAGUUCCUGUCCACCAUCGUUACCCAUGAUGCACUGGAAGUCCUCAAAGCUCAAGACAUGCAGAACCUGAACCAGGUGUUGAUGUCCGUCGUCCAGGGUGCCGUGGAGAUGCCGGAUCCCCAGAGCCAGAAGUUGUGCUUCAACAUCUUGAAGAAACUCAUCGAUGCCUGGGGUGGAAACAAUGGCAUUGUGGGAUUCCUUGACUUCCUGUAUAAGAGUAUUAUCCCAGCAUGUUUCCUGGCGCCUCUUAAACCAACCUUUGACCUCACAGAUGGUCAAACCGCACUGGCUCUGGGGGAAUGUGCCAUGUGCUUGAAAAGCAUCUUUGACAAGAGGGGGGAGGAGUCCCUGAACUACCUGCAGUCGGAGUACUUCCCCACGCUCAGCGUCAGCCCCGAACUCACACAGGAAUUUUGUCAAGCCCUGAGAGCCGACCAGAAAACCUUUAGAAACUAUUUAAAAACUUUCUUCCUCAAGGCAAAGUCCUGACAGUUGCACAGAGUUGACGUAGAUAGGACAUCCUAGCAGACAAACUUUGUAAUUGUAUACAAGCUUUAAACUCUUGAUGGAGACACUACAAGCUCCAUACACCUUGCUCAGUGUACAGAAAACAGCAGGUCUUCUGACCAGCGACUGACAGAGAGGAGCUGAGAGAUCGAAUAAAACCAAAUCCCGCUUGUGUGGUGCGUUGACGGCCAUGUUGUUCCUUGAUGAAGGCAGAGAUACCAACCAUUACAAUUUGGGCAUAAUAGCUAUGAUUUUGAGCCCAAAAUUACGCUAAAAUGCGUGUCCUCUUGACUUAUUACGAUUCUUGUGCUGCUUUUUUUCACAAAUUAUUUACAUGCAUAAAACAUGAAGUAGAGCAAAUUGUUGAUUCACCGGUGACAUGAGGCAUUCUACAGUGAGACUAUGCUAACCAAUAAGAACCAUGCUUUCAAGUCACAUAGUGUUUAAUAAUCCAUUACACAGUGAUACAAGGUUUCUGAUUGGUUGUUACAUUGAAACAGUCUUUGCGGGUACAAGGCAGGGACCUAAUUGCAUGUACACUAUUACUUUGGAAAUUGAAAUGCCACAUUGUCUUUCUGAAAAGCAGUUUAUUAGUGUUACGUGAUGAAUGUAAUGAAUGUGUGAAGCUAUGAAGAGUCAAAGCGAAAACCCGCAUCGGAGAUUCUCAAAGAUGACAAUCGUCAACCAUUCUACAUUGUUAACGUUACCCCGCUUCAGAUGGGCAGCGGAUCUCUGUUGAGGACAUUCCUGACACUGUAUCUUUCUUUAAGUUGGUCAUUAUGGUUGAUAUUGGAUGGUCAGUCUGGGAUAUAUUCAAGACAAUGCAAAUUAAGGCUUUUCAGAGACUAGUACAUGCCAUCACCAGAUUAUCAAGGUUCAUCGCCAGACUUGUUAAGUAUUCAAAAGACUAGUGCAUGGCUUCAUAAAACUAGUUAACCUAAUAAGAUGGGAACACUCAGGUAUGUAAUGUACGAUACAGGAUGUCCGUCUUUUUACCUGUGAUGAUUAAAAAUUUCUAAUCUUCACUUUAUUAAAUCACUGCUUUAUUGAAGGAUGGAUCAUUAGCUUUGUUUUCCAGUCCAGAAAAAAAUAAAUAUUUCUGUCCUCUGGGAAUAUCCAAGUGACCAAGAAACAUCUACCAUGGGCCAUAGAAUUAAUAUAUUCUUUGGAAUGUUACAACAUGGUCUUGUCCUGUCUGAAGUGGAGGUGCCUAGGUAGCCUCUCUUCAGAGCAUUUGUCACGGUUACGGUACUUUCUUGUUUUAUGGAUAACGUAUUCGCUGUAACAAACCUCCCCGGGCGCUUCAAAAAUUGACAAAAGGGCUUUAAAAACUUUCACCUGUGAAAUUGGCUGUUGGAAACAAAUCAGUUGUGAACAAACUAAGUUUAACUUUUAUGAAACUCAAAUGUGUUUGGUAAUAGUUGGAAGGAGAUACAUCCCCUUCCAUACUGCUGUGUUUACUGUGAACACAUCUAUAAAUAUGCACACGAGAACAUGGACUGAUGAAUUGUCUGGUCUAUUUUGGGGUGGGUGCCUGUGAAGAUUACUUAACACUGGGCCAGACCUUGGUCAGGGUGUACUUAUCAGAGGGGAGUGGUUCAACAUAGAGUUUGAAGGAAAUUAACCAUCCUUACAUUUGUUAUUUAUGUUUCACCUGUUGACAUUUUGACACAGUCUGAAGAACAAUAUUUUAAAUUGAGCUUCGAGUAUUAAUUGGUUCAUCAUUUGUGCUUAUUUGCUUAUGGCUUAAUUGUUAUUUGUAUGUUCUCUAACCACAGAUGUGUGAUAAGAACGAAACAUUAGAUGACAACUGUGUGUUCUGCGAUACCCAUUGAAAGGUUUCACAUGUGUGCUGAUACUGAACUGGUAGUUACUCCAUAUACCUCUUCAUUAAGCUGUGCAAUGAGUGAAUAGGUGCUGAAUGCUUGGGGAGGUUAGUGAUCACUAUCGUGCUCAUGGCCAGAAGGAAACCGACCUUGUAAUGAAAAUUACCACGUCAAUAAAAGUUUGAACACAGAUUGCAUGUUAAAACCACAGAAAUGAGAGGCGAUUGGAGACUGUAUGUAAAGUGAUACUGCAAUUAGACGUGUUAGUUGUGUGUGGACAUUGAUUGAGUUUAACCUUUGAGCUACACGAUAUGGGUCACUUACGUUUUCACAAAUUUGGGACACGGUAUAUAUGACAUUUCCUUUAUCUAAAUCUACAGAGUUAUUAAUGUGGUGAAUGUUUGGCUUUUGGAUUUAGGUGUGAAAAUGGCACAAAACCUUUGUUAUGUUGUCUAGUGUGUCAUAUCUCCAUUAGAUAUACUGCUAGGUGACUAUGCUUGUCGUAAGAAGGGACUAACGGGAUUGUGGUCAGGCUCGCUGACUUGGUUGGCGCAUGUCAUCGUAUCCCAAUUGUGUGGAUCGAUGCUCAUGAUGUCAAUCACUGGAUUGUCUGUCCAGACUUGAUUAUUUACAGACCGCCGUCAUAUAGCUGGAAUAUUGCUGAGUGUGGCGUUAAACAACAAACAAACAGUAGAUAUACCGCUCCCUAAAAGCCAUGUGCACUACAGCUUCGUGGAGGUCACAUCACUAUCUCACUCCUCUAGCACCAACAUGGCAAAGGAUUUUUCUACAACAACCAAUCAAAAUGCCUCUUCUAAAUGUAAGGUUGCGAUAGACCCACAUUCAAAUGUUCAGGGUGUAAAAGCAAGCUCUUGAUGUAUUUCAUGGAACCAGGAUACUUAUUCAUUGUUUGCUGGAAAAUAUGACUGCAUUGAAAUAUCCAGACUUGCAAGUUAUGGUGGUAAAGAGGACAAGGGUAUUUAUUAAAUGGUCAGUCGCACCACACACUACAUCCUGUCAGUGUAAAUGCAUCAGUCUACUAGGGUCCACUAGGGCAGUUACUUCUCUCAGGGCUUGUUCAUAUCAGAGUGCCUGCUACUGUGUGAGGGAUGACGAUGGAAGAAUUGCCUGAGUCAGCAUUUCGGGACAUGUUCCUCCCCAACAAAUUAAUUUGUCUGAUAUUUUCCCUCUGGAAAAAGAUUAUUUAACAACGUCAAGGCAUUGAGAUUAUGACACUCCCUCCUGACACUGUUUGACCGAACUCGGUAAUUAAUCCCUUGAUUUUCACUCAUCUCUUCUAAAGGAAUAACUCAUUUCUCACUUUUGACCAUACUAUGCAUCCAACAAAUAAUCAACAAUCUUUCAUGAAGUUUGUAUUCUGUCAAAAACGUUAUGUUGCAAUCCAAAAUGUAGUUGCACUGCUUCAAAUCUGUUCAUAAUAUGAUUUUUGUGACAUAAGAAGCGAUUAGAAGAGAUUGGUAGAGCUAUGAAGAAGGUUGUAGGUUGCAUUGUAAGUCACAUUGAAACUUUACUUCAAAUCUAUUCAUAAUAUGUAUUUUGUCACAUAAGAAGAGAUGGGUAGAGCUAUGAAGGAGGUUGUUAGGUUGCAAUUGUAAGUCACAUUGAAACAUUGCUUCAAAUCUAUUUCAUAAUAUAAGUGUAUAUUUUUGCAUCGGUCUGCUUUGAAGGAACUGAUGGCUCUAGGAAGAGAUUGAGACACUCUUUCCUUCAUUGGUGUGAAUGCUUUGUAAAUGAAACUGGAGUAUGUUAUUUAUUUUUGCUAUUACGUUCUGUUGAUAAGUUUUAAGUUAUAUGUGGACUGGGCACUAUGUUUUAGCAUGUCAGGCCUGAGCAAGUAUGUACAAUAAGUGUGGGUGUGUGUGUGAGUGAGUGAGUGAGUGUUUUUUACCCUGUACAUUUGUUUGUAUAUAGCAAUAUUGAGAUGCUCACCGUCACCUAGAUAUACAUAAAUGUUCUUCAAGCUGCCUGCAUCUGCUGUUUAUGCGUGUGCCAAACUUUCGGCUUUAGCAACUUUAUACUAGUCACCUUCAUUUAACAGAAACACAGCUUGCUGUUUGAUUAAAUCUCUGCAGUACUCUCUGUACAAAUGUACAGGAUCCCUGUGCUCCGAGAGAAAAUGGACGAUAUAUUCGUGAACAAGGCUAAGACUAAUGUGACUGUAGGUAGGCUAGUGAGGUUCUGAAAAUACUUGUACAAAUUCUUUGAUACCAAUGAAAUUGGUUAGGAUUACUCCUGUCUGUAAAGAAAACUUGUAAAAUGUGUAUAAACUGUUACACUUUGUUUUUGUGAAUGAAGAGAAAUCGAUUCAUAUAUGAUGACAAACAAUUAUGUAAAUACUGACGUUGAUUGAUAUGUUUGUUGAAUGACACAGCUACAUGUCGGACAGUGUAAACUGAUCAGGGGCCAACCGUUCGAUAUUCGGGAGGGGCCUGAACUAUGAGCCUGAAUUUAUUUGAAGGGAAAAACAUCAUGCAACUGUAAUUAUUUUAACAAUUUGUUUUUUGGUGAUAUAAAAUUCUUUCUCCUCUCCCCACACCGAAUACCAAAUGGUCGGUUCCUUACAACGGUAAUGCUCGCGAUGCUGGUGCUAUUGUGAAAACAAGGAACAUAUAUGUCAUCUGGUUGUACAAUGUUCAGUAUACGUCAUUCAAAUGUUUGAUAUUUGAAAAUUAAAAGGUCAACGAGCCAGAGAAUAACCAGUCUCCAUUAUCUGCUGAAACUGACUCCAUUGGGCGAAUAGGCAGAAUAUCAGUGGUUGAACAAGUUUGUAAUCUAAACUAAUUAAAUUUGAAAUUUCCAAAUUUAAAAUGUUCCCACAAGGUUUAUGAACCAUUCUUGAUCCACCUUAGCAUGUAAUGCCUAACAUUUGUAAUUGAAUAUCAAUGGAAAUUCUGUAUUCAUGACUCAUAUAUUCCCAUUUUGUAUAUUUUCACAAUAAUAAAGUCAUUUCAUUCUAACCAUC